AUCAUUUCUCUUCAAGCCUUAUAUUACACUUCUAUCUCUAUCAUCACGCUCUUCACACUUUUACUUACAGGAAAUGAUAUAACGUUAGAUCACUUAUUAGACUAUCGAGAGUUUAGAGCUGAUACUGUGUUGGGAUGGACAAUAGGUUUUGCGUGGAUCGCAAACUCUGUCGUAGGAAUUUACCUCUUAGUACGGGUUGUACAACGUGCAAGACUCGUUCUUGAUUUUAGUUUGACCCUUCAUUUCUUUCAUUUGGUGAUCACGAGUUACUAUUCUGGUCAAAUACCUACAACUUUCAUAUGGUGGGCACUAAAUGUAGUAACAUGUUGUAUCAUGAUCUUUGGGGGUGAACUUUAUUGUAUGCGAAAAGAGAUGGAACCUAUCUUGUUAAACGAAGACUCUGGCGAAGGUAGCAGCACAGCUGGUGCCAGUAGUGUCGCUGUUAAAACGAAAAUAAGUGCUGAUGUUGAUCGCGAUAGAUAUGAAAUGGUGCUAAUGGAAGAAAUAGAGGUUGGCGGAUAA